AAAAUUAAGUAAUUUGCAGGGGCUAGUCUUACUAUCAGUGGCAACACAGCUCUUUUUGCUGAAACCUAAAGGUUGUGGGGAUGAAACUACUCAAUGUAAAACCCAAUCAAGCUGGGAGAUAUGUCUCUUCUAUGUAUCCAUAUACAUGAUUGCCCUCGGAAAUGGAGGUUACCAACCUAAUAUUGCUACAUUUGGAGCUGAUCAAUUCGAUGAAGAGGAUGAGCAUGAGGGACAUUCCAAAGUUACAUUCUUCAGCUAUUUCUACCUGGCUUUGAACCUUGGUUCACUAUUCUCCAACACCAUUUUGGGAUAUUUCGAGGAUGAAGGAAUAUGGGUUCUUGGAUUUUGGGCUUCUACUGUAUCCGCCUUUGCAGCUCUUGUCUUGUUUCUUGGAGGUACCACGAGAUACAGAUACUUCAAGCCAAGGGGCAAUCCCCUUGCAAGGUUUUUCCAAGUGAUAGUUGCAGCAGCAAAGAAUUGGAAGGUGGAAAUGCCAGCAGGUGAAGUUUAUGAUUUAUACGAAGGGAAUGGAAAUGAGAAAUCAAUUGUUCGUGAUAGAAAGAUGCUUCACACCGAUGGUUUCAAAUUCCUGGACAGAGCAGCAUUCACUAAUUCACCAGUUUUUGAGUACAACCCUUGGCGCCUCUGUCCUGUUUCCCAAGUUGAAGAGGUGAAAUGCAUUCUGAGACUCCUCCCAAUAUGGCUGUGCACUAUAAUUUAUUCAGUCGUUUUUACCCAAAUGGCCUCAUUGUUUGUGGAACAAGGUGACAGUAUGAAAACCACAAUUUCAAAUUUCAGAAUCCCUCCUGCAAGCAUGUCUAGCUUUGACAUCCUUAGUGUCGCAGCCUUCAUAUUCCUGUACCGGAAAGUAAUAGAUCCACUUGUUUGUAGAAUUAGAAACAAUAAAGGAAAAGGGUUAAAUGAGCUGCAAAGGAUGGGGAUCGGACUUGUUAUAGCAAUUAUGGCCAUGGUUGUAGCUGGUAUUGUGGAGUGCUACAGGCUCAAAUACGCGAAAAAAGAUUGCAGACAUUGCCAAGGCUCGAGCUCAUUGAGCAUAUUUUGGCAAGUCCCUCAAUAUGCUCUAAUUGGAGCCUCAGAAGUAUUUAUGUAUGUAGGCCAGUUGGAGUUUUUCAAUGCACAAGCACCCGAUGGACUAAAGAGCUUUGGAAGCGCACUGUGUAUGACGUCAAUAUCUCUAGGGAAUUAUGUC